UCGAGAGGGAGACGGCAUUUCCGUUUCUUCCUCUUGGCAUCUUGGGGGACUUGUUAUCGCGAGACUACAUCAUCCAUCAUCAUCCUUUGGGAUCGUGUGGACUCCGGUUGGGGAUUUCAGCUCGUGUAACAUCAUCAUUACCACAGACUAAUGCUACUUCAUUACCAAGCUGGAAAUCAGUCUCAUGGGCACGUGCCGCCCAAUUAACUUCAUGUGUGGGUGUGCGGAGAAAAUACUCUCGGUUUCAAGAAAUGCUGCAUGUCUACUUUGUACUACUUGCAUGAAAGCAAACACAACAUUCUUUAGUAGUCAGAUUAAUAGGCAUCGCACAGUCAGCACGAAGUCUGAGCAGCAUGACACGAGUUCAAUUGGGAAAGUUCUGCAUUAGUCUAUGUGAGCACAACAGUUUGAAAGUGGUUUUCCUUCCUCUAUGUCGAGACUAUACUCUCCUAUCGUAGGCAGAUGUACAUGUACAUGUACAUGUGCACGUGCUGCUCAACUCUGUACCGAAUACUGCGUGACCUUUGACACGGAGCUCAUCGCAACACAGCUUGGACAUGCACAAAAUACCAUCCGAGCUUAUGUCUUGCAAAAGCUGCAUUAAUUGCUCGGUAGUUUUUACGAAUGACAGCGGAUGAUUUUAGCAGCUGGAGGUCGUGGAGUUGAACUGACAACACAACUUAGGGCCCAUUUGAUAGCCCCUUACUUCUAAUACAAAAGAGAGGAGAUACCAGUACAAAAAAAUUGAUGCCUCAGACAUGUCAGAAGUUUGUUAAUCGGUUAUGAAGGAGCAAACACUGGACACUUCAAUGAUUUAACUGUCACAUGGUCAACAUUUUCUCAACCACAUGAUGCAGUUGACAAUAUUGUGCUGGAUACAGCGUUAAAUACGAACAACAAAAUACCGUUCGCGUGUUGGACAUAAUUAUUAGAGUUGCAACAGACGGCAGUGUAUCCAUGGUACACUGUUUGUACCCUCAGAGUGAACACGUACUAUGUAACGCCUUAUUGACCGCGAUGACAGAUAUUAAUUUUUCACAUCACCGUGUAUGAAGGCUGCGUCGAGUGGUGACUUUGUUCGAUGGAGGGUCGGCUAUUUAUAUGAUUGGAUUUAAUUAGGGAGAUAGCGGCGCGGCCUCACCUGAUUGUGGCAGCGCUCUUGUACUAGUUAAUGAACGGAGAACCGAAAACCUGGCAUUUUCGAGACAGCGGAAAACGGGAAUCGACACUUUGCAUUACGUACGUGUGACUGUGAUUGAGGGAGACUAAACCGAUUAUCGAGUUUCGAGCUGAAAGGAAUCGACUAAUUAUGAUGUGCAACGCACUGAUUAUUCCGUUAUCAUUGCUUUAUGGAAUAUCGGAUACGACUUCGAAGAUAAGUGUUAUUUUGUGCGCCAUGAGAGUUCGCCUAACCCGAACUUUGUGUAGUCAUCGAACUGAAACCCACACUGUUUUCUUUAAAAAAAAUACCGAGCAAUUAGCAUUGUAGUCAAAACAAAAUUUAUGUGUGCCAUUUAUCAGCUAUACACGUAUUGGUAACACUUGGCACUGAUAACGGUGUAGUUGCAGGCGUCAACGAGCAAUGUUCGCACUUGACAAUGUAAAUUACCUUAUCCGAAUGUGAACUCUGGGCGUGCUACGUUGAUAAACUGUGACCCACAGAAGUGUCUAAUGAUAUUUAACCGGCGCACAAGUGGCAAUACAGCUACUGGAGAAAAAAAUAUAUGUGAAGUUCUUAUCAGAAAGUUCAAAAAUGAACUUGUGGAGAACCGGGUCCGCGGAACUGGAUAUAAAUUGAUCCUCUGUUCUUUAUUGCGUGAUUUAUGUGAACAAUGAACGCCCUACACAGAGCGAUUCUUGCAGGCCGGCCCACCGAGGUUCUUUACCUCCUGGAGCGGAGGAAACACGACCCGAACGCCCGAGACCAGAACCUCAGGACCCCGCUGAUAACCUGCUCCCUGACGGACAAGGAGGACGAAGCCGUAACCUGUGCUGCCAUACUGCUGAGUAAGGGAGCCAAGAUUAGUCAUUCGGACAGGCGAGGCAAAGACGCCUUCUGCUGGGCAUGCCAGAACAGCAGAGCCAAGCUAGUCAAGAUGUUUCUGGAGGACUACCCUAACCAAUUUCAGUUCGAUCUGCGGAAGAGGGAUCGAGAUGGCAACACGGCUCUGCAUCUCGCUUCCCGGACCGAUAAUCCCGACAUUGUAGGUCUCUUGCUCAGAGCCUACGCGGCCAAUAACUUGUUCGCUGAGAUGACUGAGCGCAACAGCCGGGGCGAGACGCCUCUCCAGGUGGCAGCUAAACGAGGCAACUCCUCCGCCGUCCUCACCUUGUUACCGGUUUCCUCCGAUGCUUUAUUCACCAGGCGAGGUGGCGUCGACUUCCGCAGCGCUCCAAAAUGGGCGAACGCUGCCGUGAAAGUGAGCAGGAGCACGGGGGACUGGCGUGUGAAACACGGCAGGCCUUACUCGGAACAACUUUCUGUUGGCAGCAGCGCCAACAUCAACGCCCCGGGCCCGACCACAGGAAAGAGACGACCCAAGACUGUUAGUGUUACUGCCGACUCGUCAAACCUGAUAGGACACUCUGGCUCUGUGAUUAGAUCGAAACCUGGCUGGAAUUUGUCAGUCCUUCCAAGACGAACCAAUAUCUCAGAUAUCUUCAGGAUCUCAGAGGUGCAACUUUCCGCCAGUUCGGCUUACCGCCGACCUGCUAAGGCACCGCCGCCACCAACGCCCUUUGUUGGCGAGGAUGACAAAAAUAAUCGCCAACGAUCUUCCACACUCAAGCUACCUUGCAAAGGUCGCCGGGGUUCCGUUCUGACCAAUCGAAGUCGUUCUUCAUCAUCGAGACGCGCGUCUGUCUCUGACGCGGACUUAGCUGAUAAAACGCCGAAUAAAGGAGGCAGGGCAGUGCCGACUCUGGUAAUAGACAAGCCGUUGGAACAGGUCAAGUCAGUGCCGGCUGUGAUACUAGACACAGAUGGAAAUGAGGCCAGAGGUUCCAGACGAUUGCUCACACUGGAAGGCAAAGAAGAUGUCAACCUAGGAAGACAAGCAAAGCGAUCUUCAUCUUUCAAUCACAGCAUGUCUGACAUCCCAGAAUCGCCAGUCCAAGGUGGGACCUACUUAGCGCCGUUUAAUGGACCAGGGAUGACACAUGAUUUCAUAGGCAGUGCCAAUUCCCUUCACAGCUUGGCCAGUGACCUUCCCGGUCUGUUUGCGCACGCUUUGGCCUUCGACAGAUCAGAGACAGACCCAACCAUCAAACACGACGGGAGCCAUGCUUCCCUGAUCCGUCGUACCAAGAGCGAGCCCUCGCUCAAUACCCUGGACCAAGCCAUUGAGUCUUUACUGGUCUCUGGGAAGAGCAACGGACCGCGACCCGACCAGAAACGUUCAUCACGCUCCAAAGGGCCUAUAAGCAAUCGCAGGAGAGGUCAUGCCAAGAUGCGUACAGCCGACAAAGACAAACACGAAUCGACUGUUAGCGGGAAAAGGCAAACCAAACUCACGCCACUCAAAGUCGAGACUCCAAACCACGGGGUGCCACACGUGCACCAACUGGGUCAUCUUCCAACUCCGUCGGUAUCACAAUCACCAGCGCAGUCCUCCCGGUCCGGUCGACGGUUCUUCCGGUCAAGCAGGGAGGCUGAGUCCGCUAUGCGGCGGCGACGCACGGACUUGGAGAAGAGGAUAAAAUCCGUCCAGGAAGACAUCGAGAGGCUUGACAGCAGGAGGAGGGGACGAAAGUACAGGUCACUCAUUCCUGAUUGGGUUACCUUGGACGAAGAAACCACUCUAGAGGAACUUGUGUCAGCCAUCUUGAAUGACAAGACCAACAGAGAAACGACGGGGAAAUCGGUCAGGAAGCAACACAGGCCUCAAGAUGCGAUGAGUGGUGAGACAAACAGUGCCACGACUAACUACCCCAGGGAUAUGAGAGCAUAUAAUUCGGCUUCGACGGAGUCCUCACGCGACUUCGACCCAGAGCAGGAGCCGACCCACAGCUGUUCAUCCAGCCUCGAUCUGGAUGCAGAAAUCCAAGACGUGGGGCGCCCUCAACGGCCACGGCUUCUCAAGAACAGCCUGCGUGGAGAACCUCUGCGCGUCCCCCGUCCGGCACAGGCGCCUGUCUACAAACAAUCCCGGACUAUCUUUUCAAGUCAUCCUCCGAUUCACGUACUACCAAGACAGCAACAUGCGGCGUACCAUCUCACUGCAGAAAACAGCCCUGAUCCAAGCAUUCAGGCCCGCGUAGGAAAGCUGGCAAACCAGGUGUCUGGUCACCGCUACAGAGCGAUAAAGCCAGGACAGGCCUCAACUAAAAAGAAUCAUAAAAUAUUGCCUUAACAACUUAGCCAUUUCCAUAAACUUGCAAGAAUUGUAGUCAAGUUCAUCACAAGUCAACUCGGUCAUUAGCAACAGGAAAGAACGGGCAAAAGAAUUUUAUUUUUUUUACAGUUCAUUAGCUUGUGAAGUAACUAUAGAGACUGAAUGACUUUGUUAUAGAACUUGACUACAACUCGGGAACUCGAGAGAAAUCUCUUGAUCCCUUUAUUCUUGAAAUAAUAAUGCAGAUUACAAAUAAGCAAAGCAUUGAUAUUGGUAAAAGGCCUUUAAGAAACGUAUUUACCUAAAUGUUAUUGCUAAAAAACCUGUUUUCCAAGUUUCAUUUUCACUGGUUCUAGUUUGACAAAGGCCAUUCGAAUGUUCGGCCUUUGAUCACCUUAUUUAUAAACUUGGAAAUAUGAACGUGUUAAACACUUUAAGUGUUUAACACUUAAUAAUGUAAUACACCCGUUUCACUGAUGUUCCAGAGUCGUAACGAAUGAAAUUAUUCGGAAGGCCUGAAAUAAGUAAAUGUAAAUUAGACAUUUAAACUCGUUAUAGGAGCGACAGCGUCGACAGGUUGACAGUUGGGUCGUUUGGUUCGGCCCACCUCUGCAACGUCAUUAAGGAACGGGUGUUGAUUUUCGUAAUUAUUGUCAUAUUUUAAUGGAAAUAUCAAAGCAGUUUAUGUUGAAAAUAGUAUCAUUUGGGAUAUUUACAAAAUGGACAGUUUGAAGUUCUGUCGACACCAGUCAAAAUUAAGGGGCGAUCCAAACUUUUUG